AUGAGCAAAAAUCCGCGAAGCUGACAGACAAAGACGUGGUUUCAUAAACAAAACAUACAACUUCUUGGAUAAUCUUCAUAAAGUAGCAGUCGAUCCAUUAGCAAAAAGUUAAUUGUUCAUUAUAUCAAGCACGUAGAAAUAAACGACAUGCUAUCUGCUGCCGAGGACAACAGGGCUUUCCAGAACGAGGAAACUGACUUGGAUAGUGAGACUCUUACAGAAUAUCCAAAAAUUUCUACCAGAUUAGAUACCCCAAAAGAGUGGACCUAUGUCAUGCGAAGGAGUAUGCAGGAAAUUGUCCGUGGGUUAUACUUAGGUCCUUACAGUGCUGCGAGUAAAUCUAAAUUGGAUUCUUUAUUAGAGUGUGGUAUUACUCAUAUUAUUUGUGUUCGACAAAAUAUAGAAGCUCACUUCAUCAGACCUAAUUUUCCUGAAAGAUUUCAGUAUCUUGUCUUGGACAUCGCAGACUCUACGACAGAGAACAUUAUCCAACAUUUCCAGAAAGUUAAACAGUUCAUAGAUCAAGCUUUGAAUUCUGGAGGUCAAGUUUUGGUUCAUGGUAAUGCAGGAAUCUCUAGAUCGGCAGCUUUGGUACUUGCUUACUUGAUGGAGACCUAUGGAUUGACGCAACAGAAAGCUUAUGCCAUUCUACAGCAGAGGAGGUUUUGCAUCAAUCCAAAUGAUGGAUUCAUGGCACAAUUGCGUGAAUAUGAGCCCAUUUACCAAGCUCAGAGACUGUGGAAAAAUGGUCAACUUCCUGAUCACCAUGGAAAUAAACGAGGUUUUGAAAUAGAUGAUAGAACUGAAGCUAUGGACAGUUGUUGAUACCACUAAAGUGCCAAAGUUACCAAGAGACUUACCUAAAUUUAAAACAUUUAGAACUGAAUUUAUUUAUUAAUUUUUUUUAAAUCAAAGCUGAGAUACUGAUAACGUGUUUUGUACAGUUUUGAAUAUAAAUAUGUAUUAACUUUUUGUUUCAGUACAGUUAACGAUGUUAACGAUUUUGACGACUGUAAAUAGUAUUUCUAAGCAUAAAUAUUUUCAAACUUUAAAGUAAUCACGUAAUAUUCAUGAUAAGAUGCAAAUUGAACAGCUUGUAAAAUUCCCUUAAAAUAAUUGAACGGUAUUAUAAUUGCGUCCGAAAGUUAAGAAUAUUUUAUAUUGCGAAAAAAUUAUUUUUACGUUAAUUUAAAUUUGCGUUGUCGAAAAAUUUAUAAAUUAUGAGUUUAUGAUACAAACAUAAAGUGCUUUGAAAGAGAAUAAGUGUCUUCGAAUCGUGAACGUUUUCCUAAUAGCUUUAGUUUUUGUAAAAAAAGAAGAGCGUCCACAUAGUAUUACUUGCGUAAGUUAAAAAUGCGUGUGUAUUUAUCAUCCGAAAAAAAACCUUUUUAGUUACCAUACUUGUAAUCUCGAGAUACAUAGCGUAAUAAUACAAUAAUUACAUGACGAUAUUUUGACAUUUUGUCGACAUAAAAUUGAGAUAGUAAUUUAUUUACGGGAAGUCAUAAAACGAAAAUACUCAUUUGGUUAGAUACUUUUAUAAU